AGUUUAAAAUGGCAGGAAACACUAAAACACAAAUCGAUGAUGCCAUCUACCCCCAAGGAAAAUGGAUCAAGGUGUUGGACAACAAUUUCCAGCUAGACCUCACCGUCUUCAAGUGACAGAACCCGAUCAUUCCGGCCAUAAUGAAAGGUCACUAUCUCUGGCCUGCACUUCACAACGCCAAACCAGUGCCAGAGAUAUACCUACAACAAUUUUGGGGCCACAUGCAUACUGAAUCAGCGAAGGAUCGCUCCAAAAUCAAGACUAAACUGAAUGGCAUGCGCGUAAUCCUGACGCCAUCAACACUGCGAUCUACACUAGCGCUGCCAGUUCACGACACGUAUGAUGCACUGCCAUCCAUCCCUGAUCUGCUCAAAGACGUGGCAUCUCUCGGCUACACCUCACUACUGCCACAACUGUCAAACUUCAACGGAGCCUAUCUCCAUCACCCGUGGAAGAGUCUAUUCGGACUGGUGAAUAAAUGCUUGUCGCCAAAGCAUGCCGGGUUUGACAAAUGCAACAAGCAGAUCCUGCUAAUCUUUCACGGCAUUGCAUUCAACAAAAACUACGACAUGGCACAGCUCUUCUUCUCAGAGCUCAUGGACCUGGUCAAAGCAAAGGAGAAAAAUAGGCCAGGUACCAUUCCGUACGCAAGAUGGCUCGGGCUAAUCAUACACGACUGCAUGGCAGAGCACGCUUCCAUACCAAAACGCAGUUCGGAUCCUCAUGAGGGGGAGAACAAGCGACCUCGAUCACUUGAGCAAACUGCCCUACCAAGCCAAACUCCACAGCCCAUCCAACCCGAAACCUCGACAAACCAACAGCCACCACCCACAGCCAACUUAUCUAGCAUGGUCGAGCUAGAAAUAACAUCCCGAGGCGUAUCUCCCAGAGAUACCAACCGAGGAGGGGAUGGAAGUCCUGAUGAUGUUACCACUGGUACAUCUUCUGCAUCAGGCCAUCAGUUGGAACCUAGUUCUAAGCUGAUGUCAACGGGCAAUCCAAGAGAACCCGGUAGUGUUACUCAGGAACACUCACCGCCUCAAAAACAACAAAGAGUUCCAUAUAUUUCCCCAGGCAAAGACAUCCAUGAUGCACUGGAGGAGGCGGUGAUAUAUGACAAAUGGCCGAGAUAAUGGACAGAAUGGGAUGAUCUUCGGAAUGAGGCUGAACAAGAAGACAUGCAAAGAAAUUGGUGGCUACGAGAGCUAAUUAACAAAUGCUCUGAAGAUAUCAUAAGACUCGAGGACGAUGAACGCAAGGAAGGGGAGAACUACAAGGAAUCCCAGAAAACUCUUGAAUCUGUAGUAAGACAAUCAGUGGGAAGACUUCCCAAGACAGAGAAACCCUGGGAUAACGUUCGCAUCAAAGCCCCCUUCCAAGAGGAAAUCAGAGAGCAUAUCUGGCGUAGACCAGACAGAGUCAAACCGCUAAAUGAACUGAAGCUAAGAGGUCUUACUCAUUUAAAAGGAAAGCAGGCUGGAGGUCAUCUGCAUAUGCUGCUACAAAGGUCAACCGGUACUCAGAGAGAACUGAUGGAACAAGAUCUGAAGUCAAAUAUUCUCCCGAUUCAUCAAAUUCUACAAGUGAAGGCUGAAGAUUAUCAUGGAGUAACAUUCUACACUUACAUACUUCAACGCACUGACGGGAGCGAAUUUACUUGCCAAGAGAACGAUUUCAUCAUGCUGAAACCGGACGACAUCUAUCAAAUGUUCAUGGCCUAUAGAUACCUUCUAGUCAGGCAGAGCAUAACAUACAGCGAAGGUCUCGCAGCUAUCAAGAGAUUCAUGCUUAGACAAAUCCGAGUACACUCUUCACAUGACCUACAGAUGGCUAUUGAGUGCAAUCUGAAAAAGACAAAUCUGACAAAGCCAAGAUUGUAUGGUCCAGAACUUGAAGACUUCCCAGCCUACCACAUCUUCUUCACACCGCCAGCAGUCACCUAUCUGAAUCACAAGAACGAAAAACGUCUGAUGGUAGUUAGUGAAAUUGAAAAGUACUGUGACGGAACGCUGAAGAUAAUAAAAGAACAGCUUCUAAAGAUGAAGGCAGAGCUGGAAGAAAAUCUUCAAGAGGCAUCGUCUUAUGUUCAAAAGGAACACUCUACAGUAGAGACAAUCUUAAAGGCCAUUGACGAUCGCCUUGAAAAGAGAAAUACGCUGAGGCAAUAUGAACAUGCACUUGGUAUGAGGAAGCACUACUUCAAGUCGCAGAAGCAAUAAGAGAAUGGCACUUGAUCACAAAGGGGGAGAUUGUUGGAGAUAUUUAAUUGUGAAUCAAGUUUGUCAUAGAUUAGCUUUAUAUUUAAUCCUUGUAUUUAAUUAGUGCAUAAAUUAGAUAGCAAUCGGGCCAAGUGUUAGGCCCAUAUAAACAGGCUAAAAAGCCUUGUACGCCUAACCUAAACCUCGCCUAUAAAAAGGGAGCCGGGGGUUUAGGAUUAGGUUAACGUCGUACUUAUUCUACAUAGCCUUACGCGCAUACUUUUGUGUUGUACGAGUUCACGGUCUAUCAAAGAGGGUUUUACGUUGAUUCAUUCUGUGUUCAUCCUUACGUUUAAUCUUCGUUGUUAGAUCGUUAUUCAUUGCUGUUACAGAAACAGGGACUAACAACUACCUACAGAGGAAUCAUAGGAUCUUUGUUGUAUCUGACUGCAAGCAGACCAGACAUUUCAUUCUCUGUUGGAAUUUGUGCCAGAUACCAGUCAAAGCCCAAGGAGAGCCAUCUUAGUGCUGCAAAGAGAAUCAUCAGAUAUAUCAAAGGAAAUCCAAAUGCAGGCCUAUGGUAUCCAAAGGGAGGUAACUUUGAACUAAUUGGUUACUCUGACUCAGAUUUUGCAGGUUGCAGAUUAGACAGGAAAAGCACCUCUGGUCAUUGCCAAAUGCUAGGAGGAAGGCUUGUUUCCUGGUUUAGCAAGAAGCAAAAUUCAAUCUCAACAAGUACAGUAGAAGCUGAAUACAUUGCAGCUGGGAGUUGUUGUGCUCAGCUACUCUGGAUGAAGCAACAGUUGAAGGACUAUGGCAUUCAAGCAAAGGAGAUCAAAUUGUUGUGUGACAACACCAGUGCCAUUGCCAUCACUCAGAAUCCAGUUCUUCACUCCAGGACAAAGCACAUUGAGAUCAGACAUCACUUUAUCAGAGAUCAUGUUGAAAAAAAGCACAUAUGCAUGGAGCAUGUGCCAACAGAAGACCAGCUUGCAGACAUUCUGACAAAGCCUCUUCCAGAGGCUAGAUUCAACAAACUGAGAGAGGAAUUGGGAAUGAUGGAUGAAAUCCCAAGAGAAUGUUGAGAAGGAAGGCCCUCUGUUACAAAAUCUCUGCUAACAGAAUACCUGUUGCAGAACCCCUUCUGUUAACCCCUUUUUAUUCUCAAUCCUGAACAGAGCACCCCCUUUUCUAACAGAACACCUCUGCAACAGAAAACCCCCCUUUCUUAUCUUCAGAAAACCUCUUCUUAUAUCUAACAGAAAAGGUUGUGGACUUAGCAAAAUUCUGAAAAACCGGGUGACCUAGUAAAUUAUUAAAGGUCUUUUACCCUUUUACCCUUAAAACGGUAUACAGCCGCAAAAUAUUUACUGCGCCCCCUUUUUCAUUUAUUGGUACCUUGGAACCGCAAAUUAUCUCAAACGUCCACUAACCCGUACCCAUAUAUUCCCCUCAUUUCAACCUAAACCGUUACUGCUCCCAUUACUCUCAAGCUUUCGCACUCUUAUUUCUCCAAAACUCUCAACCGCUAAAUUCAACUAUGGCUUUCUUGAACUUCACUGAUCUUUCCAAGGAACAAAAAGCAACCCUGCUCAAGAAUGUGUUGACAGGGAUGAAGUGUGAACUGAAUGUUCUACCCAGAUUUGCUGAGAAAAGAGAGAGGAUGACCAAUAUCAUUGACGGGCUGACAGAGUGUCAACUAAGCAAGGUAAUCACCUAUGCUUAUGAAGUCUACAGCAACAUUGACACUGUUGAGUUCUAUCUCAACGCGUCCUUCGAGGAUGAAACCAUCACUUCCAGUGUCCAAGGAGAAGAAAUACUGGUUGAUGUUGACGUCAUCAAUAAAGUAUUUGACAUUCAACUAGAGGAAGGCAGGGCCUCUCUAUUUGAUUUGGAGGAAGCUGAUAUCUCUGUUCUUGAAUUCAAAAAGAACUAUUGCAGGAAAGGGGAAGAGGUGGAAAAGGUAAACAUAAAGAAAAAUCUGCUCAAGAAGGACUUUGAGCUGCUCAUCAACAUUUUCCACAAAUGUGUAUGGUGCAAGUUUACCUCUACUGAUGAUGUUACUACUGCAAAUGCCAAGGCCCUAUAUGCAGUACAUCAUGGGGUAAAUGUCAACUGGGGUCAGGUAAUGGUUCGGUCUCUGAUUGAGUUCAUCAAGAAGAAGAACCCCAAGACAGGCCUUUACUCUGGAAAGUUAGGGCAUGGGCUGCUCAUCUCAGAACUGCUUCUCAAUCAUGGUGUAACCUUGAGGAAGGCAACACCUCUGGAUCACACAAAGGUAAUCUUCCUAUCUGCCUCUCCAAACAGGGAAAUAGCUAUUAAGGCAGAGCUGAAGAGACAGCUUCAGCUUGACAAUAAAAGACAACAAGGAGACAAGGUGCAGAAACCCCUCUCUGAAGCACCUUCUGUGGAGAAGAAGAAGAAGAAGAAGAAGGUGAAGAAAACAGAACUGGUUGCUCCUCCUUCACCCAUGAAGGCUGGACAGAAAAGGAAGAGGACCAUCAAGACCAAAAAGAAGGUUGCUAAACCUUUGAUCACCAUGUCUGAGAAGGUGGCAGACAUUCAGGGGGAACCAGAGAACCCCACCUCUGUUGCCACUCCAGAACAGAAUAGGGUGCCAACUCCAACAUAGCACCCCAGCACAGGCAAACAAGGGUAUCUUUCUUUGCUAGAUAGACAGUUUGCCCGUGUUCUAGAAUGGAGAAGAUGGAGGAUGGGACCCCUUCACAAGAUCCUCCAGUUCUUUGAUCAUUAUGAGCCUGAAGAAGAGGACAUACUGAAGUGGGUAGGCACUGAUGAUGUCUUCAAGUGCUUUGCCCUCAACUUCCUCCAUUCUGUCCUUGAGAAGAAGAAGGCAGGUUACAAGGGAAAAGCUGUUCUCAUAUCCUCACCUUCGGAGGAGACAGUCAAACCCCUGCAAGAAGGAGAGAUAGAAGCAUUUGAGGAAUGGCUCUUUGCCAAGAAGGCAACAGAGUCUGUACAACCCAACUUUGACCCAGGAGAACCUUCUGUACCUAAGACAGAAGGGCAAGCUAUGAUGGAGCUCAUCAGGGAAUGGAGGACUUCUUUGUUUGAAGAAAAUAUAAUUGAGGUAAUCUCUCCAACUCCUUCUGUUCAUAUCUUAACAGAACCCCAAGUCCCUUCCCUUCUUAUUACAAUAGAAACCCCUCCAACAGAAAACCCUCAACCCAAAUCCCCAGAACAGAAACCCCCCACCUCUCCUCACUCCUCAAAUAAGAAAACCAAAUCACCUUGCAAAGAAAUUAUCCCUAUCAGAAACCGCUCCCCUUCACCCCCACCAUCUCCUCCUCAACAGAAUGCCUCCCCUCAACAAAACAUUCCUUCUCCCCAACCUUCACUCCAACACCAGAAUUCCUUCCCUCAAUAGAAAUCCACCUCUACUCAAAAUAACCCCUCACCCUCUCCUGCAGCAAAUUCACCCAGAACCUCUCUACACUCUGCUGCAUCUACUCCCAAGAGACAGCCUCUUCACCGCAUUCUAUCAUCUGAAAGUGAUAAUAAUGGCUUCUUGUCAUCUUCUCUUGCUGGAGACCUUACAUCUAAACGCCAACCUACUCCUCCCAGAGAGCCCUCUCCCCAGAAACCCUCUCUGCAACAGACCAGAAGGCCUCCCAUGCACAGGUCCAGAGGACUAGGAAUGCCAGAGCCUGAAGACUCUAUACCUCAAAUUCCCUUCAACAAGUUUGUUGAAACAGCAGAAGAAUUUGGUGGUCAAGUCCUGGAAGGCAUGGACAAACUGAUCCAGAUAAAUGAUAAGCACUUUGAGUACCUUGCUCAUGUGAAUGAUAAUCUCAAUUCUGGGAUGCAGUUUAUCUCAGACCGCUUUGAAAACCUCACAGAAUCACUCCACAACUUCAUGGCCUCCUCCUAUGCCAGAACAGAUGCACUGUCAACAGAAGUGGUAGGUAUUCACAAGACCCUUUCUGUUUUUCAGCAAACUCUACUCAAUCAAGGAUAGGCCAUCAGCACAAUCUCAGAGAAUCUUGAGGCACUGCAAAGAUCUGACACCAGAACUAAGAAGCAACUGAUUUCCAUAGAGGAAAUGUGCAGAGCCCAUCAAGAUCAAGCUCAACAUCUUCUCUCUGCUGACAGAGACAGAUACCAGAAGAUGGUCCUGCUAGAAGCCAACAACAAGGACAUCUUCUCUGCUAUUCAGAAGCAACAAGGACUGAUAGAAGGCCUCACUUCUGUCACUCAGACCUUACCAGAGGCCCUUGAGCAGAUAGCCUCCUCCCAGGCCUCAGAGUUCCAGAAGAUUAGCCUUAUGCUAGAGGACCUUAAUGAUGCCAAAAAGGGGGGAGAGGACCCUCAACAGACUAAGCCUCGGUCCACCAGAACUCCUGCUAGAGCAUCCUCUUCUGCUGAACCAAUAGUAGAUCAUGCACCAUACUUUGAAGCUGCUUUACAGAAAAAGAGAGUAGCAGGUAUACCUAGACCCCCAUCUCCAGCAAAGAAAGGCACCAAGAAGAAGAAAAUCCUCAGUUUUACUGAGUGGAGAUUGGGUGGAUCCCAGAAAAUUGAUAGAGUUCAAAUUGUAGAAAUGAAGAUGAAAAUGACUCUCACCCAACAAUAGAACCUCUUUCUAGAUAAGGAUGGUGUUGUAUGAGUCAGAUAUGGGGGAUCCCUGGAAGAAGCUGAAGAUUGGUACAAUAAGAAUAUUGUCCCUGGCAAGACAAUACAUGAAGGAGUUCUCAGCUAUCUGGAUUGCAAGCUAUCUCCCAUAUGGGCAUCCUAUCAAAGCUCUGGUAACUUAUCUCAGAUCAGAGCAGAAAUCAAUGAAGAGCUGCUAAGGCUUCAAAGAUUGGAGGAAGAAGCUCUGCAAGCAGCUACUAUGGAGAAUGUGUAAGAAAUAUCUCUGUAAACUGUACCUAAUAAAAUCACAUCUCUGCCUUUCACUUUGUAAGGAUUUUUCUCAAUUUCUGUCUCUUUGCUUUCUGCCUGUGUUUGUUUGCUAUUUGAAUUUUUAUCUGCUAUCUGAAUGUAGUGUACUCUUACUAUUUUCCUGUGCCAAGUUGCCCACCAAGAUUUUAAUGAAAGUUUUUAAACAUUAUUCCUUUAUGGUGAAGGCACUUCUCUGGAAAUAGUUAAAGGGUUUUGGCAUCAUCAAAAAGGGGGAAAUUGUAAGGAAUAUUUGUAAUUAGAUUUUGAUGAUGCUAGAUUAAUUAGGACUUUAGAGUACCCCUCUUUAGACUUAAUGUAUUAGAAUUUUCCUUUGUAAAAGUUCUUAGUAUAAUCGACUACCAGAAGGCCUCCAGAGCAGAAGACCUCCUGACAGAAGUUCUUUGGUUCUCUGCCGUAGAACAGAACACCUCAGGGUCUCUGUUAGCCUUUACUCUGACAGAAACCCUCCUGGUUCUCUGUUGGAUAUCUUCUCAACAUAAGUGCUCAAGACCUUCUCUGAUCAACUCUCUGUUAAAGACACCAGAAGGCCUGACACUUAGAAGAAUUCCACCAAGCCGGGAAACCAACUGAAAGAUUCCUUCAACGGCUAGGAGUCUUGAACGGAAAAGCUACAGUGCGCGCAUUAAAUGCACAUUUAAUGCUCCCCAUACUCCGUAGAGUAAUUGCAGAUGAUUGGCCGCAAUGUCAGGAUUACUUUAUCCCAAAAUAGUAACCCGCCAACUUUACCGGGUCCUACUAGUCAAGUCAACUGCUCGCUCAUUUAAUGCAGUUGUCCUCCUUCUCCUCCAACGGGAAGACAACCUCAGUAUAAAAGAUACACUACGAAGAACAACCGGAUAACUUUGCUAACUUUUGCUACAACUCUGCAUACAAGAUAUUCAAAGGCCAAAAACGCAAAAAGCCUCCUUGAGAUUAAAACUUCAUCAUCCUUUACAAGAGAAGGCAGAAGUUGGAAAAAUCCUUAUUUCCAAAUCAAGCAAAGUUCCAAGUGUUCUUCAACUCUUCAAGCUCGUCACCUACAAAUUCUUUGUAACGAAGCAAGUUGGAGAAACCUCUGUUCUAAAUAGAACCUCUUCUUUCACAAGAAGGACGUCCAAGUACCUGGAGCAGUGAAGUGGUGAUACUUCUGGAAAGCUCAGUGAAAGGACCAGUCUUAGGGAAGCCGGAAGUGCAUCCAAGAAGACAUCUACACUUGAAGAAGACGUGGAGAGCUUCUUAAGUGAUUGGGCUAAGGCAUUGUAAACGGAAGUUUUUACAAGCUUAGUGGAAUAGUGGACUAGAGGAACAAGUUGUUCCUUGAACCACUAUAAAAAGCCCUGGUGUCAGUUACUUACUGCUUUACUUUCAUUGUUUUUAUUUGAACUGUUUAACUCCAAAGACUUGGUAUCUGUGUUCAGCAGAACUUGUCUUGUGAGUUAACAGAAGGCCUACUGCCUUUGCUUCUCUGAGGCUACUAACAGAACUCCCUACCAGAACCCCAUCCGCUGUCAGUCUGUUCUGUCAACAGAACAGGCUAUUCUGUUAAAUCUUGUACUUAGCUUGAAAAAGUUAAAAAACCAAUACAGUCUAUUCACCCCCCCUCUAGACUGUAUCCAGUACAAUCGGGACCAACAGAGCUCAUGGAUCUCGUGAAGGUAAAGGAGAAAAAUAGGGCGGGUACCAUCCCCUAUGUUAGGUGGCUCGGGCUCAUUAUUCAUGAAACUCUGCAAAAGCACCAAUCCAUACCAGCCAACCAACCAACCUCCACAGCCCGAUCAACCCAAAUCUUCAACCAACCAACAACCACAUGCUUCCAGUAAAAAAUGAAACCUAGUCACCCUAUCUAGCCUGGUCGAGCUAGACGAAACAUCCCGAGGCGUAUCUCCUAGAGAUAUUGUUCGAGGAGGGGAUGGAAGUCCUAUUGAUGUUACCUCUGGUACAUCCUCACAAUCAGGCCAUCAGUCAGAACAUAGUUCAGAACUGAUGACAAUGGGAAAUCCUUGUGAUCCCGGUGUUCCAGAGUACAGGUCUCCGACACCACCAAGUCAACCAACUCCUACCACUCCUUCAUCAGACACAAUGCACGACGAACUUGAAAAUAUCAUUGUACAUGACAAGUGGCCUAAGAAAUGGACGGAGUGGGAUCAAAUUCGCAGUGACGAAGAAACUGAGGACAUGCAGCGGAGCUGGUACUUGCGAGAACUAAUCGCCAAAUGUGCAGUAGAUAUCAUUCGGCUUGAUGAAGAGGAACUCAAAGAAGGGGAAAAUUAUAAAGAAACUCCCAAGGAAUUGGAAUCAAUAAUCAGAAAAACGGUGGGACGACUUCCCAAGAAUGAGAAACCUUGGGAGAACAUUAGAAUCAAAGCCCCCUUCCAAGAGGAACUCAGAAAGCGUGUCUGGCGUAAACCGGAGAAGGUCAGGCCUUUAAGAGAACUGAGGGUUCACAGACUUACACAUUUGAAAGGAAAAGAAGCAGGAGGUCACCUACACAUGCUACUUCAUAGAUCUUCAGGGUCUCAACGACAACUUUUGGAAAAAGAUCUGAAGUCUAGUACACAUCCUGUCCAUGCAAUACUACAAGUCAAAGCCGAAGAUCAUCAUACAAUCAGAUUCUACUCCUACAAAGUCCAGCGCACUGACAGUAGUGAAUUUGAAUGCCAAGAAAAUGACUUCAUAAUUCUCAAAAUGGAUGAUAUCUAUGGGAUGUUUAUGGCGUACAGAUACCUACCGGUCAGUAGCAAUCAAACUUACAAAGAAGGCUUUGAGGCAAUCAAGCGGUUCAUGAUGAGACAAGUCCGAGUCAACGCUUCCCAUGACUUCCAAAUGGCUCUAGAGAAUAAUAUCCCAAAAGCUAAUCUAUCUCAGCCAAAACUGUAUGGUCCGGAGCUUGAGGACUUCCCUGCAUACCACAUCUUCUUCACUCCACCCGCAGUAGUCUAUCUGAACCACAAGGAUGAAAAACGUCUGAUGGUGGUUGAAGAGAUCCACAAAUUCUGUGAUGGGACGUUGAAAAUCAUCAAGAGAAGCUAAGAAAAACAAAGGAAGAGCUUGACAAAAGACUUGAGGAUGCAUCUACAUAUACUCAAAAGGAGCAUGAAGUGGUGACUUUGAUUCUGAAAGCAAUUGAUGAAUGCUUAGAAAAGAGAAACAUCCUCAGACAAUAUCAGCAUGCACUUAACCUCAGGAAAAACUACUUUAGAGCUCAGAAAGAAAACAAGACGGCACUUGAGCAUAAAGGGGGAUAUUAUUGAAGAAUAUUUAUUGUGAAUCAAGUUUGUCAAGAGUCUUGUAUUAAUAUAGCCUUUAUUACGCCUUAAUGUAUUCAUUGUGUGUAUUUAUUAGAGUAGUAAAGGUAAUGUGUAUUCACAAGAAUAAAAGAAACCUAGUGAGAGAAAGUCUGGCGAUCCUUUUCAGUGCAUGACGGCAAACCCAUCUUCGGUGGCUCCGCCGCCGGGAGGCGGACGAGCAUGGGAGGGGAAAUCCUUUGCAGACGUGGUGGCUAAUCGAAAUGAUUCUAUUUCAAACAAAGCUCCAACAAGAUACAAAGGUAUGCCUGCGAUCUCGUUUACAGAAAAGGAAAUUCAAACGUUUGCUGACAAGCACAAACGAGCUCUUGUAGGUAAUUUUUAUAAAGGAAAACCUAGCCUGCUGAUUUUACGUAAAGCAUUUGAGAUUAUUGGAUUUAAAGGGUCUUUUCAUUUGGGAACCCUAGAUCCAAAACAUGUGCUGAUACGUUUUGAUUUAGAGGAAGACUUUGUUCGUUGUUGGAAUCGUCAAUCUUGGAUGAUCCAAGGAAAUAUUAUGGGGGUUACUAAGUGGACACCUGCAUUUCGCCCUAAUGUUGAAUCACAUAUUGUGCCGGUUUGGAUUGCUAUGGAAGGGUUAGCUAUACACUUACAAGACAAACAAGCUCUUUUUGAGAUUGCAAAUCUUGUAGGCAGGCCAUUAAAGUUAGAUGCGGCUACUGCUUCGCUUGCUAAGCCAGCUGUUGCUAGAAUUUGUGUGGAAUUGGAUCUCACUAAGGAGAUGCCCAAUAAGGUGUGGAUUAACUGUGGUGCAUAUGGGUUUUCUCAACCCAUUCUGUAUGAGAACAGACCGGAUUACUGUCAAGGCUGUCUUCAUUUGUGUCAUUCAGAAUCCAAAUGUCCCAAAAGACAGCUACAUAUAGAAUUGACUGGAGAGAAGGGACAAAAUAACAAAUGGAUGCCUACAACAGAAAAACAGCAGAAAAAAUAGACAAGGCAGGAGAAAGGGAAAGGAAAAAUCACAGAGCAAAAUAAAAUUCCAGAACAAGAACAUGCUAGCAAGCCAUCAUCCUCCAAAUCUGCUCAUGUAGAAAUCACUUCUGAAUCAGAGGAAGAAGAGAUCCGCCUGGAUCCUGUUGAUAAACCUUCAAUAGACAUAAAAAAUACAGUGAAAGAACUGUUAAAAAAGGAAGUCCCAAGCAUUACUAUCACCAAUAACAAAGAGAUUACUGACAGUAAGGAUGACACUUACAUCAAGGAAGUUGAGCCUCUCUUUGAUAUUAUUUAUGAAGUUGAACCCAGGGAAUGUUACUCAGAAGGGGAGGAGGACAUUACUGUCAAACCAGACACAUUCAUGGAAUCCUCAACAGAAAUCUGCACAAAAAUUGAAGGAAUAGGUAAACAGAAGGAGCAGAAGAGAGCACAAAUUAAUGAUACUGUUGAAGAAAUACACAAACAAAGAGAGAAAGAACUGGAUACAGGAGGGCAGAACACUGAAACUGAAUCCGAUGACUUGCAGUACAAUGAUCCAUCUGCAAGGGAAGAAGAACAGAGUAAAGGAAACAACAGAUUAAACAAAAAACAGGUCACACAAGAUAUUCAACCAAAGAGGAAUACUAGAAGUGCAGCAAGGGGAGGAGGGGUCCCUCUUUCUAAAUGAAUUGCAUUAUUUGGAAUGCUAGGGGUCUGGAUGCCUCCAGUACCAGACUUAGUUCCCUAGCUAUUCAAUGGAGGGUGAAGCUUCUAAUUGUCAUUGAACCUAUUGUUGAUAGAAGUAGAAUGGAUCUCUUCAAAAAUGUUUUGGGUUUCAGUGAUGCUCUGUCUUCUUCUAUAAAUAAAAUUUGGGUAUUCUGGGAUUCUUCAGUCUUGGGAAUUUCUGAUUUUACAUGGCAUGCCCAAUCUGUCCAUUUCAAGGUGGUUAGCAAUGAUUUUGAAGGCUGGGUUACUGGUGUUUAUGGGAAACACAAUUAUCAUACUAGAAGAGAGUUAUGGGAUAGUCUUGCUACUAUUUCUCUAUCUAUGACCACGCCUUGGAUGGUGGGAGGUGAUUUUAAUGAGAUAGCAGCUUAUAGUGAACAUCAAGGGAGCUCUAUGACUAUUAUCAGAGGUAUUAAUGAAUUUUCUGAUUGCAUAUCUGCCUGCAAUUUGAUUGAUCUCCCUUAUGAGGGGCCUAAAUUUACUUGGUCUGGGGUUAGAGCUAAUGGUAGGGUCUGGAGAAGACUAGACAGGGUCCUUUUUAACAAUCAUUUUAUAAACAAAUUUGAUUCUAUCAAGAUUUCCCUGUUAAAUAAGACUCCCUCAGACCAUAAUCCUAUUCUUAUUCAAUUUUCCAACUUAAGCUUGUCUGGUCCUAGAAGCUUUAAAUUUCAGAACAUGUGGUUUCAAAAUAGGGAUUUUCUGGAGUUUAUUAAAACUAAGUGGGAUUCUGGGAAAACUGGUGGUGGAAUGAAAGGGUUGAUUACUAAGAUUCAGGUCCUUAAAAAGGAACUCAGGAUUUGGAACAAGGAAGUUUUUGGAAACAUCUUUGAUGAUAUAAAAUUAUGUGAGAAGGAAGUGCUGGAAUCAGAAAGGAAGUUUGAGGAAAACCCUUGUGACAUUAAUAGAGAAGAUUUAUUCCACAAAAAGGGUCUGCUCACACAAAAAUACAAGUUGGAGAAAAAAUUUUGGAAGCAGAAAGCACACAUUAAUUGGCUUAAAGAAGGUGACAGGAAUUCAAACUUCUUUCAUUUAUAUGUCAAGAUUAGACAAAGAAAACAGAGUAUUACCUCUAUCAAGCAAUCUGCUGAUAACAUCCUCACUUCUCUUUCUGGUAUUGGUAAUGAGGUUGUCAGAUUCUUUACUAACCUAUACACUGAAAAGAAUCCAGUCAGUUAUGAUGAAAUGCUACAAUACAUACCACAGAUUAUUAACUAGGAUGAUACUAAUAGACUUAUGGUCUUGCCUACCCCUAAUGAAGUUAAAGCAGCUGUUUGGGAUCUCAACCAGAACAGUGCACCUGGGCCAGAUGGUUUUCAUGGUAAAUUCUUUAAGAAAUGUUGGUCCAUUGUGGGAAUGGAUGUUAUCAGAGCAGUGCAAGAGUUUUUUAUGGGCAUUCCAAUUCCUAAAGGCAUGUCUAGUGCGUUGAUUGUUUUAAUACCUCAAAUAGAUAACCCAUCUUCUUUCAGUGACUUUAGGCCUAUUUGCUUAUCCAACUUUAUUAGCAAAAUAUGCACUAAAGUGAUGGUUAAUGGAUUAAGGGACAUUAUGCCUAAAAUCAUUUCUAAAGAGCAGGCUGGAUUCAUGGCUGGCAGAGAUAUUGCAGAUCAAAUCUUAAUUGCUCAGGAGUUGAUCCACAGUAUAGACAAAAAGAUAAGGGGGACCAAUCUUGUGAUAAAACUUGACAUGGCAAAGGCUUUUGACAAGGUUUCUUGGCAGUUUAUGAGUGCUAUUUUACUGAAAUUUGGAUUUUGCAGUCCAUUUGUUCAUCUGGUUAUGAAUAACCUUAGGGCUACUUUUCUUUCUAUUCUAAUCAAUGGUUCCCCUCAAGGGUUUUUCAAGCCUACCAGAGGAGUUAAACAAGGGGACCCCCUAUCCCCUUUUCUUUUUAUUAUUGCAGCAGAAGCUUUUUCAAGGGGUCUUAAUGGAUUAAUGGAAGCUGGAAAAAUUAAACAGUUCUGGUUGGGUAAUCAUGGUUUCCCUAUUUCUCACUUGGGCUUUGCAGAUGACCUAUUGAUCUUUACUAAUGGGGAGACUAGAUAUGUUUCCAAUUUCAAAAAAUUCUUGCUCAGCUAUCAGUAGGCUAGUGGGCAGGAAGUUAAUUUUAAAAAAAGUACCUUUGUUUGUGGCCACUCCCCCCAGCCAGACAGAUGAAGAUCAAGGAUACACUUGGAAUGAAAUUAUCUUCCUUACCUAUUAAAUACCUGGGAGUUAAUCUCCAUAAAGGCAUUAACAGGUUUCAGUAUUGUGGAAGCAUUAUCAACCAGUUUGAAAAUAAGCUCACCCCUUGGAAGAAAAGAAAUCUUUCUCAAGGGGGAAGACUUAUUCUCAUAAAACAUGUUCUGAAUUCUAUUCCCCUACAUACUUUGGCAGUGGAUAAUCUGCCUAAAAAAGUCAUUUCAGUUCUUAACAGAAAAAUGGCUUCAUUUUUUUGGGGUUCUUCUAAUAAUAAGAACAAAUAUCACUAGAUAAAGUGGUCCAAGCUGUGUUAUCCAACUUGGGAAGGUGGUUUGGGCAUUAGGGCCUUGGAGGAUAUUGAAAAUGCUUUUUCUAUUAAACUUUGGUGGAAGUGGCAAACUGAGGAAUCCUUUUGGUCACAAUUUAUCAAAGCUAGAUAUAACAGAGGAGGGAACAUGUUACCUAAAAUCACUGAUUCUGCAAUCUGGGGAAGAAUUUGCUCAAUUCAUGAUAAGGCUUCUAGCCUCUGUACUUCUGAUGGCUCUGGAAAAUUACUAUGGAAUGAGGAGGAUGAUGGUCAUUUUUCCUUCAAAUCUGCAUAUGAAGAGGUUAGAGAUCUCUCUUAUAACCAAGAAAUCUAUCAGAACAAUUGGGAAUCUAAGCAGGAGCUCAAAAUAAAACUUCUUUAGUGGAAAAUUGUUAGGGGAAUCAUUCCUACAUCUGACAAGCUUGGAAGAUUUAACAGAGUUCUUAAUCCUUCAAUUUGUCCCCUGUGCAGAAAUAAUAGUGAGACCAUGAAUCAUAUUUUCUUUCAAUGUCAGGUGGUUAAGGAGAUUUGGGCUUACUUUUGGGGUAUUCUGGGUUUUCAUAACAACCCAACAGUAGAAUUUUAUCCUAUGAGAAUGAAAUGGAAAGGAAAUGGUACUUCAAGUCUGCUUAACGUAUUUAAGAGGAAUAUUACAGGCAUCAUUUUGUGGUUCAUUUGGAAAACCUACGCAUCUCUAAUUUGGGGAUCUGGUAGAAAUCAAAUAUCAGCUCAGCAAAGUAUUACUCAAAUCAAGAUUUACACUCAGUCUUGGGCGACUACCUUAUCUGGCCUCAAAAUUAGAUCUAUUGAGACUACUCUAUUUCAGGAACAGAUGAUUCCAAAAUAUUUCAAGAUUAAUCAUACAAGGCCACGAAUUGUUAAAUGGCAAAAACCGAAGCAAAAAUGGAAGCUUAAUGUAGAUGCUAGAUACUUAGCUUCUUCGGCUUCAGGAGGUGCGAUACUUCGAGACAAAACUGGGCAGAUGGCUCAGGCAAUCAGCUUCUCUCUGCAAGCUAGCUCGGUGUUGGAGGCAGAGUUGAAAGCAAUUCAUCAGGCUGUGAAGUGGGCGGCGGAAGAAGGAUAUGAGGAUAUAUAUGUCGAAUCGGAUUCUUCGUUGGCCAUUGAAUACAUAGCAGGCAAAUCUUCAAGAAGAUGGAGCGACUUGCUUUUGGAAACCGCAGAUAUGGCUUUUAGGAAAGGGUUUUUGUUCGGACAUACCCUGAGGGAAGGGAAUUGGGUUGCCCACUAUUUGGCUGAAACGGGCUCCUCUAACAAAUAUAGUAGCCCAAAUCAGUUGCCCACUUGUGCUAAACAGGCUUAUUGGAUCGACUUAUUUGGCAUUCCCUCUAUUCGUUUUUAAUUAUUAUUGUUUUGUUUGUAUUGAGAGGCUUUGGUUUGGCCCUCCUCUCAUGUAAUAAUCUGAUUCUAAUAAAAUCCUGGUAAAUGACACCCGGCAUUUACCCCACUAAUUUUGGUGGUUUGCCUUCCGGGUUAAAAAAAAGGUAAUGGGGCCUAAGUUGUCAGACCCAUAUACCUGGCGUAAAGCCUGUACGCAAACCUACAUGUGCAUAUAAAAGGCGCUUAAGGAUUAGGUUUGCGUUAACUUUUGCAUUCGAUCUUAUCAGCCUCAGAGCUUAUCAUUUUUACUGUAGAAGUUCACGGUAUAUCAAAGACGAGUUUUUGGAUCUCUAGAGCAUUUAUCUUUCUGUUAUUCUCAUCUUUGUGUAUCGAUAUAUUGCUUUAAUCUAUAAACAGCUGAUCUUGAGGUGCUUGGGGCUGAUUAUAGUUCCUAGACUGGUGCUGUUGCUGAUUUCCUUACCCGUAAGUCCCUUGUUCCUGUUGUUCGUAGGGCUGAUUGUAGUAGCCCUGCCACUGAGAAUAAAUCACAUUAACUUGCUCUACUCCAGGGGCUGCCGAGUGUGCCAUCAUAGUGCACUCAUGCGUCCAAUGGAGUCCCCCACAUGUAGUACAAGAAGGACUAAUAGGACCGGGGGCUACCAUAUUAACACUGGGCACCGCGAGAGCAAGAUCCACCUUUUUCCCUAUAGCAUCCACGCUGGCUGUGAGCUUCUGCACCAUGCUUGCCAAUGUAUCUACUCGUGCAGAGAGAGCAGAAUUAUCACUGAUCUCGUAUAGGCCCAUAGCUUUUUGCUGAGGAGAACUCUUGUCGUUGUACCAAGAUGCAUUAUUUGAAACAAUCUUCUCCACUAGUUCUUCGCCAACCUCAGAUGGUAAAUCAGGAAAGGCUCCGCCACCCGAAGCAUCCAGCAUCAUCUUUCCUUCAUUGUUGAGUCCGCUAUAGAAGUAGAAAAGAACCUCACAAUUAGUCAAAUUUCCCUGAGGGCAAGCUCUUCUCAGCACCUUGAAUCUCUUCCUUGCUUCAGCCAGUGUUUCUAGAGAUCCUUGCUUGAACUCUUGUAGUUGCUUCUUCAACUUCAGGGUCUGACGUAGGGAAUUACUCUUUAAUAAAGGCACUAUGCAGCUGUUCCCAAGUCUGGAGGUGGUGGUGAGGAUAGCUGUCCAAACACCUCUGCGCAUCGUCCCUCAAUGAGAAAGGGAAAAGCAUCAUUCUUACCUGAUCAUCAGUUAACCCAGGUAUCUUAAAAGUCUGGCACAUCCUCAGAAAGCGGGUAAUAUGCGCCACUGGGUCUUCUAUAGGGCCUCCUCCAAAUUGGUUAUUAGACACCAUGCUUGUCACCGCCGGCUUGAUCUCGUAAUGGUUGGCAGUAAUUCCCGGCACUUGAAUGCUAUCAUACUCUGAGACGUCUGGCGUAAGGAACUCUGCAAUGGUCUGGCACUGAUAGAGUGGAUUAUUGUGCGGUACAUAAUCAUUUUGUGGAGGAGUCUGCUGUCUAGGCUGGAAAGCUGGUUGUUGAGCAGGUGGGACUUGGGGUGGAUUACGGUAUUGGUUCUGGUAAGGAUCUUGGUAUUGUGGCUGAUUUUGGAAUAGGUUUUGGGUGACUAGUGGUGGAUUCUUUCUGGGCUGGAAGACGGGAAUACUCUGCCCUGCUCCUUGCAUCCCAUAGACUUGGUUUUGGAAAUUAGUUUCAGGAGCAGUGGGGGUAUUUUGAAAAAGUUGAUAUAAUGGAGGGAGGUUAAAUUGUGGUGAAGGCUGAUUUUGGGAAAAAAUUGGAGUGCGGUAGUUUUGAAAACCUGGAGGGUUUCUAGGUGAAAUUGGUGGAGAAGAUUGGAGUGAUGUGUUGAUGUAGAAUCUUGUUGAGAUGUAGUGUUAGGGUUACCAGACAUCCCUGCAGUUCCAGAUGAAGAUUGAUGGUCCAUGAUGAUUUUCUCCUUUUGGGCCUUGCGGUUCUGUCUGUCGAGCUUUUCGAUCUCAAGAUUAAGAGGGAUUAGCGAUUCUCCCCUCUUAGAACGUGUAUGCCUACGAAAAACUAAAAACGGACCGCUAAAUCAAUUUAACCCUUAAGACCGACACCGUCCCCGACAACGGCGCCAAAAACUGAUAUGAGUUUUCUCGCACUUAAAAUAUAUUGUAAUAUAGUAGUGUAAGUACGAGUAUCGUCUCCACAGGGACGGACAAAAGGCAAUUAAAAAUUAAUUAAAUUCAUCGAUUAAAAAUAAAUAAAAUAAAUGCAUCGUGCGAGAUUUGGUUGAUUUGAAAAUUAACUAAUGCGAAUGAGCAAAUAAAAAUAAUUGAUUGGGUUUGUUGGGCCGCGGGUAUGCGGUGUCAGCAAUCUGCCAUCCUGCCGGUGCAAUCAAACCGCGUGGCGCUUCGCUUGUGCUAUAAAGGGGGGGGGGGGGGGGGGAGUGUGCUACACUAUCAGCGAUUGCUUUUAGUGUAGUGGUAAGCGCAACCAACCACAAGUGGUAUCAGAGCCAAGGUCACGGGUUCGACCCCCGGCAACAGCAUGUUGCGCAGUUGAGGCUGGCAGGUCCUGGGGGGAGAUUGUUGGGCCGCGGGUAUGCGGUGCCAGCAAUCUGCCAGCCUACCGGUGCAAUCGAACCGCGUGGCGCUUCGCUUGUGCUAUAAAGGGGAGGAGCGUGCUACACUAUCAACGAUUGCUUUUAG